AUGACCAUGACUACCAUGCCAGAGAGUCUAAAUAGCCCCGUCUCAGGGAAGGCUGUCUUUAUGGAGUUUGGGCCGCCCAGCCAGCAAAUGUCUCCUUCUCCCAUGUCCCACGGACACUAUUCCAUGCACUGUUUACACUCAGCGGGCCACUCUCAGCCUGACAGCUCGUACAGCACAGCUUCGUCCUUCUCCCGACCGCUGGGCUACCCCUAUGUGAACUCGGUCAGCAGCCACUCGACCAACCCCUACAUCAGUUCAGUGCAGUCCUACCCCAACAGCUCCAGCCUGACUCAGACCCGGUUAGAGGAGACAGGGGCCGAAUCGGAGAAAAGCACUGUGGUAGAAGGAGGGGAAGUUCGCUUUAAUGGGAAAGGGAAAAAAAUCCGCAAACCCAGGACUAUUUACUCCAGUUUGCAGCUACAGGCUUUGAACAGAAGGUUCCAGCAGACCCAGUACCUGGCUCUCCCCGAAAGAGCCGAGCUCGCAGCAUCUCUGGGACUCACCCAGACCCAGGUGAAGAUUUGGUUUCAGAACAAGCGCUCCAAAUUCAAGAAGCUGAUGAAGCAAGGAGGGGCCGCCCUGGAGAGCAGCGCCUUGACCAACGGCAGGGCUCUCUCGGGCAGCUCGCCACCCGUGCCUCCAGUUUGGAAUACCACCUCCGCCUCCGGUAAGGCCUCGUCGGGGACCCCGGGCACCUACAUCCCCAGCUACACGUCGUGGUAUCCUUCGGCCCACCAAGAAGCUAUGCAGCAGCCGCAACUGAUGUGAUUAUAUAUACGUUUUCCCCUAACGCAAGCACUAUCGGUCCCAAAAAGAAUUAAAAUUAUUACAGGGAAAAAAAAAGAAAAAAAAAGAAACUAAAAUAAAAGGAAAGGGGAAAAAAAGAGAGGGGAAGAGAGAGAAAAAUAAUAAUAAUAAAAAAACCCACAAAAUAAUCCCAAGCAAACAAACAAACAGGAGGUCUCUUGCCCAUCCAGCCAUUAGGACGCUGCACGGUAGCUCGGUGCAGGAGAGCACAGAUGUGAUGCGGGCCGGUUCCCACCGCUGACAGCUGACGGAGCGGCCCCGAGCACGGCACAACAGCCUGGGAGCAGAGCGAGCGCCGGCCGUGGCUUUGUGGGACAAUCAGAAAAAGAUGUCUGGGGGGCGGGGAAGCCCUCUACUCUGUCCUGUCUGUCUGUCUGUGUCUGUUGAAAUGUAGGUCAUUUAUUUACUACCCCGAUCUGACGGUCUCUUCAAUUGCAAAGGGGAAGGAACCUGUACAAUUUACCAGAGCUUCUUUCCCGCGACAUUUUCUGUACC